AGUGCAUGAGAUGGUAUGUCACAAUGGGACUGCCACUCUGUGCCUGGCAAAGCACAUAUAUUAUUGUGAUGCAGCUCACAGUGAUAGGAUGUGUGACACUUUUGGCUAAGAGAGUCUAGUCCAGCUAAGGAUCAAGACCAAUGUGCCUGAGGUGACUGAGAAUCUGUGGCUAUGGGUUCUCUGUUUGCAAGGGCACAUGUGACCCCUAGCUGGAGUGCUUGUCAAGACUCAGCGUGGAGGAGUAAGUUCCGGCAGCGGAGGGGUGCAGGUGAUGCCAGUGCUGGCAGAUGGCCUCCCCAGAAUGUGAGUGGCCAGGAAGGCAUCCAUGGGGAAGACUGGCUGAGCCAUUUCUCAAGCAAGGUUGGAAACUACAAACGGACUGUGAAGCGGAUUGAUGAUGGCCACCGCCUGUGUGGUGACCUCAUGAACUGCUUGCAUGAGCGGGCACGCAUCGAGAAGGCAUAUGCACAGCAGCUCACUGAAUGGGCCCGACGCUGGAGACAGCUUGUAGAGAAGGGACCACAGUAUGGGACUGUGGAGAAGGCCUGGAUGGCUGUCAUGACUGAAGCAGAGAGGGUAAGUGAGCUGCACCUGGAAGUGAAGGCAUCGCUGAUGAAUGAAGACUUUGAGAAGAUCAAGAACUGGCAGAAGGAGGCCUUUCACAAGCAGAUGAUGGGAGGCUUCAAGGAAACCAAGGAAGCGGAGGAUGGCUUUCGGAAGGCCCAGAAGCCCUGGGCCAAGAAGCUGAAAGAGGUGGAAGCAGCAAAGAAAGCACACCACACAGCAUGCAAAGAGGAGAAACUGGCCAUCUCCCGGGAAGCCAACAGCAAAGCCGAUCCAUCCCUCAACCCUGAGCAGCUGAAGAAACUGCAAGACAAGAUAGAGAAAUGCAAACAGGAUGUUCUAAAGACCAAGGACAAGUAUGAGAAGGCCCUGAAGGAGCUUGAUCAGACCACACCCCAGUACAUGGAGAACAUGGAGCAGGUGUUCGAGCAGUGUCAGCAGUUUGAAGAGAAGCGCCUGCGCUUCUUCCGGGAGGUUCUGCUGGAGGUUCAGAAGCACUUGGACCUGUCCAAUGUGGCUAGCUACAAAACCAUUUACCGAGAGCUGGAGCAGAGCAUCAAGGCAGCUGAUGCGGUAGAGGACCUGAGGUGGUUCCGGGCUAACCAUGGCCCAGGCAUGGCUAUGAACUGGCCACAGUUUGAGGAGUGGUCUGCAGAUCUGAAUCGAACUCUCAGCCGGAGAGAGAAGAAGAAGGCUGCUGACGGCGUCACCCUAACAGGAAUCAACCAGACAGGUGACCAGUCUGGACAGAACAAGCCUGGCAGCAACCUUAGUGUCCCGAGCAACCCCGCCCAGUCCACGCAGUUACAGUCCAGCUACAACCCCUUCGAGGACGAGGACGACACGGGCAGCAGCGUCAGUGAGAAGGAGGACAUUAAGGCCAAAAAUGUCAGCAGCUAUGAGAAGACUCAGAAUUACCCUGCUGACUGGUCUGACGAUGAGGCUAACAACCCUUUCUCCUCCACGGAUGCCAACGGGGACUCUAACCCAUUUGAUGAGGAUACUACCUCAGGAACAGAAGUGCGAGUUCGGGCCCUCUAUGACUAUGAGGGGCAGGAACAUGAUGAGCUGAGCUUCAAGGCUGGGGAUGAGCUGACCAAGAUAGAGGAUGAAGACGAACAGGGUUGGUGCAAGGGACGUUUAGACAGCGGCCAGGUUGGCCUAUACCCAGCCAACUAUGUCGAGGCUAUCCAGUGACAGUCCAUGGGCAGGCUGGCGGAGAGACGGAAAUGGGCAGUUCAAGAGCUCCGUUAGCCUUGGCCUGGACAGUGACACCUCUAGUGCCCCCAGCAGCCAUGUAGGCAUCCACUCCACCUGCAAAAGACGAUGGCUCUGUUGUUCUUGGCUUCCUGGUGUGCUUUGAAGGCAGAUGAGCUGGUGAUUUCAUGAGACACUGCACAUCUGGGCAGAUCUAGGCACAGGAAGAUAUGGUCCAACAGUGAGAGCCAGGCCCCUCCCCACCCUCACCAGCUUUCUCUAUCAUGGAUCUGCACCUUCUUGCCCUUGUCUCUCCUGAGUCAAUGACGGAUCAUACUGAUUCUUGUUCCAUUGAUUAUUUUCUCUGAUGAGGCCCUAUCUGCAAGUUCAAUGAACAGACUUAUAUGCCAUUUUCUGAGUAAAGAGUUUGAGGUUUUAAUUUAAAGGCAAUGUACAGUUACUAUACUUUUUAUAUGCUUUUCCAGUCAGUUAAAUUAUGGCCUACACUGAUCUGAGAUGUUCUCCAUGUGAGCGGUCUUCAUUUCUCUGUGCUGUGUCCAGAUAUGGGGUUGUCGCAGCCAGGGUUCCGUGGCACGUGCCAGUUGCAGGGCUAACCUUGUGCAACGUUCCCCAACAUGUCCAUGUUUAGAAAUUUUUUUCACUCUAUCCCUGCUUCAGUUUUUGCAGAUUAACAGUUUUAUUAGUGAUUUGGAAAGUUAACAGUAAGAAGACUAACUUUUCAAACCAGCUGCAUCUGUAGAGUAAGACGCUUUCCAUUAGACCAUGUGUCUCGAUGUAUAUCUGUAUAUAUUAUUUGAUAUUCAGAGACUCUAUAGAGUUCACCCACUGUUGAAUGAGAGCUGGUGGCUUCUGACAGCAGAUCUGGGCAACUGCUUGAAGCCCAUGGCAUUGAAGCCCAGGCAUGGCUGGCUAACAGCCCCACCCAGUUAAGAUGUGCCUCUGGCCUCUGAGUGGCCUGCUGAGGAGACUGACUCUCAUUGGCCAGGGCUCCAGGCUCCAUGACAAGCACUGGAAAAGUUCCUGGGACUUCGUAGUAGUCAUAGGCUUCUCGGUCUCUUUGUCACUCACUGGAGAGUUAGAGGGAGGGGUUCCACCCCACCCUAUACACACCUCAGGUGUAGUGGGACUGUUGUAAGCCCCAGGGAUGGGCACAAAGAGGACUUUAUUUUGUUAGUUCGGACAGUGUGCAAGCAACUUGUAUUUCUUCAAUGUUUGGCAUGAGCACUGUUUUGCUGUGGCUGUGUGUCCUGAGAACUUACCAACCGAAAUCCUUGUUCCUAAGCUAAAGAAUGACCAAAAGCUGUCAAGUCCUUAACGUUUAGAAACUCCUUUAAAUGUAUAGUAUUUUAGAACAACAACAACAACAACAACAAAACUCAAUAAACAGUUGAUCUUAUGUGUUCAGCAGUCCCUUGGCCUUGCAUCCACCCUCAUGCUCACACAGCUGAUAGACCUGUCUCCUUGGGGGUGCACCAGCUUUGAAACUGGGCAAGAUCCAGUACAUAGGAUCCCUUCUCAGGACCAUGUCUCAGUUCCCGCACCAGACGCUGGGGACUUGAGGCACCUUGGGCAUCCCUGUGGAGGGCAUCCCUGGUGCCACCCUCUCUCCCCUGACCAGUAGCCACUCCUCCCCAAACGUGUGUGUGCCUACUGUGUGUUGACCCUUGUGUGCCAUUGUGAUGUUUUUUCAAGUAGAUGAUCUUUGGGUAUAAUGUGAUCAAUGCAGGUCCCAGCUGGUCCUAUGCGCACAGAGAACGUCCAAAGAUCCCGCCUCCUGUUGGGAUCAGCUAAGGAGAUAAAGCCAACGCGCUAGCCCUGACCAGUCCAGGUGAACGGACUGCUGCUGCUGCUCUCUUCAAACACUAGUAAAGCUGCUCUCUGGCCUUCCUA